AUGCUGGCCAUCCCAUCCCUCCACUCAGCUCCCGCCGCCGCCAACGCCGCCUCCGAAGAGAAAAAGACGGCACCUUGGCGGCCACCUCCUCUCCUUCGUCCCCCACCAUCUCCAUUGACGAGAACUCUCUUCCUCAGCCUCGACCGAACCCUAAUCUACACUCGCAACCGCGUACCAGUGUCCUGGUGGCCCUACGACUUCUCCGUCAGGCUAACAUCGCCGGAAGGCACCGAUUUUAAUCUCUACGUGGUAAAAAGGCCCGGACUUGACGAUUUCCUCGGCGCCGCCGCCGCCUACUUCGAGAUCGUCCUGUUCACGACGGCGCUUGAGUGGUGCGCCUCGCCGGUGAUCGACCAACUAGACCCCUCCGGUGAUCUGAUUUCGCAUCGGCUGUAUCGUGAUUCGUGCGUGGUGGGACCCAACGGAGAGCUUAUCAAAGACUUGUCGAAGAUGGGAAGAGAUUUGAAGCGUGCGGCCAUCGUGGAUGAUGUCGCGGAGAGAUUUUCGAAGCAGAGGAUGAAUGGGAUAAAGGUGGCGCCUUUCUACGACGGCGAUCGCCGGAGGGACAGGGAGCUGUGGCGGGUGUGGAGUGUGUUGAGGAUGGCGGUUCGGUACGACGAUACGUGGACCGCCGUGGCGAUGUACCACGCUCGCCGGCGAGGGUUUCUCUCGUAA